AUGGACGAGCUGCGGCUGUGCAGCCGGAGUCUCCGUAUCCUCGCGGGCGUCCUGUGGAACGGGCUGGUCCCGGUGGUGCGCGGGCGGCUGCAGGAGCUCGAGGGCGUGGACUGCUUCGUCUGGCCUGGCAACGGGCACGCGCUGCCCGCGAGCGGCCUGGACGGCGUUUUCGCGGAGCUGUACGGUGCGCGGCCCCCGUUGAGCGCCGCCCCCGGCCCGGCGGACGCCCCAUAG